CCAUGCUGACGUGACUGGAUGCAAGCAUGGCUGGGCUGGAGGACAUCUCAAGCUCACUUCAACAAGGAGAGAAUGUCACUGUUGCUCUGAGGGACCUCAAUAUUCUCCUGGAGGCCAAUGAUACACCACUAUAUAUUCAAACUGUGCUUGCUAGUGUGCCUCUAACACUUGUAUUUGGCUACUUGCAAUCAGGACCACCUGCGCAGAUCGGACUGGCGUGUAAUGUGCUAGAAAAGUUGCUAUCGAAAAUGCCGGCGACAGAGCUGGUGAAAAUCUCCACUUACAUCGAACUCGGUUUGCAAUUCACGGAUCCUGCGAUUAAACGAGCGUGUCUUGUUGCCCUCGAUGCUAACUGCAACAAAAUCACCCCCACCAUUACGGCCCCUACAAUGUUUCAUCUCAUCACUCAAAUAUUAGGCGAUGAGAGCCUGGAAUGUGCUAAACUAGCCUCCAAAAUCCUCCUACAAUUUCUCUCUCAUCCUGCGCAACUGCCGACCCCAGUUAAAGACGCACUCAUGAUCGAUCUCUCUGGAAUAAUGCUGGUCAGCUCAACUGUUCGUUAUAGAGUAUACGAACUUGGUGUAAUGGCUAUAGUGAAUGGAAACUCUGAAUCUUUUGAGCUCAUCUCUGCCAGUGGUUUGCUCACGGGGCUGUUGAAGGAGCUAGAGCACAACGACAUCCUCGCUCAGUUAAACUGUGUUGAAUUGUUGCUGGAGUUGUUGGAAUGUCCGGAGGGGGUCUCAUUUCUGGAAGGACAGGGAGUCAUGGAGAAGCUGCACACUUUGUUGAUAAAGGCACAGCAGGACCCGUUUGGUGAGGCCAUCUUACCAGGUCUAAUCAAGUUCUUUGGUCAUGUUGCCAUGUCCAGUACAGAUGUCCUCUCUCUGGUCCGAGGGUACCCUCACUUUCUCCCCCUUGUACUACAGGCCCUGCCCACCCCCCACGACUCCACUCUGUGGGGUAUCGCUGUCGAUACGUUUGCACUACUGGCGUCAAAGCCCAACAGUCGGGUAGUCCUUCUGGAGCAGUCUGCAAAUACCAAAGAAUGUAUCAAAGCACUCGGGAGCUUCAUUAUAAACGGGCCGACAGAAGUACGCAUUCGAUCGCUUGAAGCUGUGUCUCAGAUACUAUCAUGCCCUGAGCAAGUUGACUCUGAGGAGAGUGUUGGUUGGAAAUGGUUCUCUAUGUUAGGGCCGAAACUAUUCUCUGCUUUAAUGUCACUCGUUAAACAACCGUUCCCAGUAAUUCGUCACAGUGCCCUGAAGGUCUUCCUAGCCAUGGCCGAUCAUGAGUGGGGUCAGAAGAUAAUGAAUUCUAAUGGCGGCUUCCUCGAGUUCUUGUUAGACAGGAGUACGGAAUCAGACAAGUUAGGACGAGAGUUGAAGUACGAGAUUGUGUGUGUAAUGGCUGCCUCGUCGUGUGCUGAGAGUGUGUGGGGAAAUGUGGAUCUCUUGAAACUAAAGAAAUACGAAAAAGAAGGAGCAUUUUAUGCACUAGCACAAUCAGAGGUCAUCGUAGCCACUGAUGGAUCAGCCUAAUUUGAAUUUAACUGACAUUGUUCGUUUGUACAUGCAUGCUAUACUUGUUAACACAAUGUCUUCUAUCAAGAGUAGUCUUGCUUCUAUAUAAUUAUGUAUAGCCAUUUUAUUAUGACAGCUAGUAUUCGUGUGUUAUCACACAGAGCAGACACUCUUUAUGUGUGAUUGUAAUACUAAAAGUGUCAUUUGAUUCAUUCUUGACAGUGACAAUUAACUGUACUAUUGAUAAAGUUG